UAUUUGUGCACAAUUUUAAUUAUUUGGAUUUGGUUAUUCUUUUGUUGUUCGUUUUUUUUUGUUUAUUUGUUUGUUUCUGUGGUACUGUAUUGCGUGGUGUCUGACGUCGGUUAUGAAUUCAGUUCAACAUUUUGCAGUGAGAAAUAUUAUGCAAAACUCGAAAGUUUUUUUUUUCUUCGAAAAACACACGCGCUCACAUUAUUCGAUCAAACCGGAAGAUUCUUAAUAGAUUGACACUUGAGAUCAUCGAGGCACAAAUGUGAUUUAGUGAUAUUACGAACGGAAGAAAAAGUCUUUCUUCAUUUCAACAGCUUAGAGAAUGACACUAAUACCAUCGAUCAAAGCAGAUGACUUAUGAGGAAAUGAACAUUUUGACAAAAAACAUAAAAAUCAAAUGAGUUUCCUUGACUGCAAAUGAAAAGAGUUUUUUUUUUCAAUCUCUACAUGAACGAACAUGCGCAUUUGUGAAAGACAACAACAACAAUCAAAAUUGCAUGUAUUUUUAAAGUGAACAACAAGAAACGAUAAAAAUAAACUGUAUCAGUCAAAAUCAAAGUUAAAUGUUAUGCUCUAUGGAUUUUUUUUUGAUAUAAACAUUUGAUGCGAGAAAUUGAAUCCAUAAUUGCCGAAAAUUAAACGAAUUGCUGCGGGAGAGAAAAAUGCACACUGACUGAAGAGGAGAGAGGAAAAAAAAAGAUUUAACCAUAACAAAAUCAAUCGCAGACAAAGUGAACAAAACUGUAGUGAUAGUCAGUUAAAGAAGAAAUUGAAUAAAUAUGAAGUGGCGCUGAUAGAAAAUCCUAAACAAAACAGCAACAAGUAUAAAAGACACAAAAACAUUUUCAUUGGUUUUUACAGCUUGAUUCAUUGGCCGAUUGAACACUUUACCACUUAGGCUUAAGUGGAAAUCUCGUUCAAUUCAACUGGAAAUAAUUUUGUUUCUUCACAACAAACAAAAAAUACUAAAACGCACGAAUUCAAAGAUGAAACCGAUAACACAUAGAGCACUGGUGAUUUUUCUAAUAAUCGAAUGCAGUUGUUUGCACAAUGUGCUAUCGAGGAAGUUAAUAUCGUCCACAAUACGAGUGGUGAGCACAGAAUCGCCGUUAGCUCCAACAUUUAACAGUCAAUUUAAUUUAAAUUCAACAACUAAUGAAAAAACAUCGACAGCGGAGGUGAAUACGCCGCCAAAAACGAUGCAUCGAUUGGUAGGUGGCCACUUACAUCAUUCCGUGUAUCGAAAAGAAGAGAAUAAUUUUUCAUCCCAGUCACCGAGUCGUUUAUCAAAGUUAUACUUCAGACGAAAACCAUGGCCAACAUCAACAUCAUCAACAUUGCCCACGCUGUACGGUUCGACACAACCCACGACGGCGUCAAGCGCUGCAUUUAGUUUAGCUACUGAAUCACUAUCGACACUAUCGCCGUCAAUAACUACCUCAUCGAGAGAGCAUGCCACAGCAACGUCAGCAGAACCAACAACAACAACAAAGGAGCCGGUAUUUAUAGUCGAAGCGCAAAGAUAUGAAGACCCCGAGUACGAGGCCAAUCAGGUUAUCAAUUAUGAAAUAAAAAAAGAAGGAUUUGUUGAGUCAAGCGCCGGUGAAGGUAAAGACGAUAAGAAAAAAGAUGAAUCGAAAAAAACACUAUCGGAUCAAGUGGCCGAAGGAAAAUAUGGUUUAAUACAAAAUGAACUAUUUAAAACACCGAUAAAACGUCCGGGCAUUUUAAGCUAUGCUACAAAUCCAGAGACACCGAAUGAUAAUGCAAGUAAUUUGGGUGGUUUGAGUAAAGAUGAAAUUUGGUUAUCCGAAGAUCAUUUGCUUGUAUUGAAAGGUGGCAGUUUGAAUACGGAAACAAGAGAAGAACCAUGGAAACCAAUCGAUGAUUAUCAAGCACCAUUGCGUCAAGUUAAAAUACCGGAUAAUCCAAAAGUGCCACCACCCUUUCUCGUGCAACUUGAGGAAAAUGGGCCGAUUGAGUUUAUCGGCAAUAAUCAAUUGCCGCUCGUUAAUCCAUUCACGAACGAGUCGCUAUUAUUAUUCCCCGAUGGCGGUUUCCCGAAAACCGAAACCUACAGUGGCGAUAAAACAUAUCUAUAUGCCCGGCCACCCGGAACGACUAAUGAUGCUAAAAAUGUUAACGCGCCGCCCGUUUCACUUGGCAAUCACCGCAACAACAAUUUCACCUUCACGAAUCCAUUCAUAAGUCCUGGCCAACUACCAUUUCCACCACCGCCACCAUCAUUAUUUGGUAUGCCAUUUUUGAAUGGAUCUUUGGAUAAUGCCAACUUUACCGAUGGAUUUGAUGAAGACGAUCCAUCGUUUUACUAUCCACCACCGUAUAGUUUUGUCUACAAUAGCAACUACACAAAUCCAGUGGCACCGGGACCUUUGGUGCCUGGUAUCAUAUUGCCACCGCCACCAAAUUUCUUCGGUCGAUUGGAGGAUAGAACAACAACGACAACAACAACGACUAUGAGACCAACAACAUCAUCCACUCAAAAACCAUACAAACAAGUACUUCGUCCUGUUUAUAGGCCAACAACAACCACCACAACUUCCAUUCCUUCGACUCAAAUUCCAACACACAAAACGAUUAAAGCACAUAAAGUUCAAACGGAAGCAUUCCGCCAGAAUGUGUUGAGUCCAACACGAUUGCCAACACCAAGUACCACACAAAAACCGGUGACACAAUUGAAGCAAAUCAAUGGACAAGAUAUCUUGGCAUUUGUACCAAAAGAAGCUAUUUUGAACGAUCCAUUAUCGAAUAGCAAAGGAAAACCGAUUUAUUAUGAAUAUUUCGAUGCUCGCAUAAAAGCAAACGUAAAAGGUCCUACGUAUAUUAUAACAACAACAGCACCGCCAUCAACCGUUCGUACAUUGACCCAACAACAAAAGCAAUCGACACGAAUCCAAUUGCAUCCAUCGGCCAAGCAACUUCGGCGUCCAUCAAAUUCUUAUUUGCCGGUGGUAAAACCACCAUCCGAUUACGGAAAAUAUGUGGUCAUCACACCGAAACCAGAAGGCAAACCAAUUUCAUCGAAUACCGUUCAAGUUGGUGACAGUCAAUCGUCAUACAAGAGCAAUUUGAAUCCACCGUCUAAAUCGUAUAACUCUGAAAUUGAUAAUAUUCGCCAUACGAUUGAAUUCUUUAAAAAUCAACAGAAGCUAAAACCGAACGACACAAAUUUGCCGCGAAAUCCAAAAGGCAAAGCAGUGUAUGAAUACUCAUUCGAUGCCACGCCAACCAAAGGAAAUAGUAAACUAUUCCAUCCGCCGUCUGAAUUUGAUUCGUCACCAUUCAAACCAAUGGUUCAAUACAGUUUGCCAUUGAAUGCGGAUAAUGGUUUCAAAGCGAUCACUUAUUCAACUAUUCCGGGUGCUGCGACCGAAGCGACGACAACAACAACCUCAGCACCGCCGCCGUCACCGUCAUCACCACUUCCACCACUAUCGACUCUAUCAAAUCUUCGCUACAUACCGACUUUGAACGAGAAUGUAUCGAAAAAACCACACGUAUCAUUCAUUCCAUUCGAUUCGGGCUCAUUAAAACCAAAUUCAUUAAAACAUUCAGAGUAUUCAACAGUUUCACCCGUAUCAUUAACGGUAACAACACCAUUGCCGCCAUUGACGACCAUUCAACCAUGGAUUUCGGUUGAAAAGCAAAUAUUACGCGAAGUUCGACCAAAAGAAAUUAACGUUCAAAUUCAAUCACAUUCACCGUCAUCGCGACCCUUAUCACUUCUUCGUGGCAUUACAGCUCCAUACGAAUCGUCGUAUGUCGAUGCCAAUGCAAACGAUGGUCAUUAUAACAAUCAAAUUUUUUAUCCCAUACGAACACCAUCGACAUACUAUCAACAACAGACACGUCAACCGGUGAUGACCGCUCAACAAAAUGCAUAUUUACGACAAGUUGAUUUCAUUCGACAUCAAAUUCAACAAUUUCCAAAUCAAUAUCGCAUCAAUGUUGCCAAUAAUACGAUACCAAGUCAAAAUUAUCGCGUUGCACGACCGUUGCCGACACAAAACAAUUUUAUCACAUCUUAUCAUCAUGAUUUUAACGUCGAUUCAAAUAGGUAUCCACAUUUGUCACAGAUUCUAUCGCCAAAUUACAACAUACCACCACAACCGCAACCGCAACGUUUGCCACACGCUAUCCAUCCAUUGCAUCGAGAUGUGAUUGUAAAUUAUAAAUAUCCUCUGCCACCGAUUAAUCCAGAUAGUGAAUUUUUACCACCUCCGCAUUUAUUGCAUCCUUUGCCGCCAGCGGUGCCAUCCUCACCAUCAAUACCAUACAAUCGAUACGGUCGAAUCAUUCGCAAACCGCCAACAGUCGUUCAAUACAAAUUGCCCGGCGAUAAUCAACAGAGCGGCGUCUUUUUCUAUACGCCCGCCGAAGAUAAAUAUGGAAAUGCGAACAAAAAGUAACCACCUUCUUCGGCUUUGCCAAAAAAAUCAAUUCCUUUAUAUAAAAAAAAUCGUGAUAUUUGUGAUGCUUGAGCUCGUGGAGUGCAACUGUAUCUUUUUUUAAACUCAACUGAAUGACUUGCGUAAAUUGGAUUUCAUUCAAUUUAAUAGAAAAUCCAAUUGCUUUGCCUAUAUGUAGUCUGAGGUAACAUAGGCUUUGUGUGUGCUUUAAAUGAAAUCUUACAAACACUAUAAAAUAAUCAUUAGUCAAAUUCAUAGCAUAAUAGAGUAUGUGGUAGAUUUAGUGCUCUUAAUCUUAUUAUUUUAAAUUAAAAUCCAAUGAUCGAACAACCUUUUAACUCAAUCAAAAUGAACAAAAACACAACAAUAUGAUUUUCAAUUUGGGUGAUUUAUUUUAUGAAUGACAUAUUUUAAGCUAUUUAUUCCAUGUCGUUUUUAUCAACAGAAGAAGAAAAAACGAACAAAAUUAAACAUAUUUGGAUUUGAUGAGUGAGUCUUGUUUUGUUUCUGAAGUCCACAAAAAUUGAUUCAUAUGGAUGGUUAUAGCUUUGUCUACCAUACAAGGCACGAAUUUAAAUGAAAGUGAACACAUUUUUUUUAAAUGAAAAUGCACAAGUAAACAUCAAUUUUAAUUGCAGUUGAAUGUGAUUUAUUAGGUUUGAUUUAAGUUUGUGUCCUUAUUUUUCUAUGUAGUUUGAAAGUAUGUUUGUAUAUGCGUGUAUGUGAUUGAAUCAAUAGGAAUAACUCAUGAAUGUGUGUGUUUUUUUUACUUAGUUGAGACUGUGCAAUUUCGAAUUGUGCAUUUGUUAGAUGGUAUUCAAUUUACUAAUUACAAUAAGACAUUUCGCCAUAAGAUU